GUCAAUAAGGUUCACAUGACAGUAGUUUGUUUACCUCUGCAGUGCCCUACGAAUUGUAAGAUCCCCAAAAAACCUGACUGCAUUCAAGGGCCACCUGGUCCAGCCGGACCUCCAGGACAAACGGGUUCUGAUGGUGAGAAGGGACAGGAAGGGUAUCCGGGUCAAGAUGGUAAGACUGGACGCCACGGGAAAAUAGGAGAGCCUGGAGAGCAGGGCAAACUUGGACAGAAGGGUGACGAAGGUCCACCAGGGCUAGAGGGUGUACGAGGAUUGAAAGGUUUGAGAGGUGAAUGUGGAAGACAAGGGUUGUCAGGGAAACAAGGCAUGCCAGGACUUAUGGGAGAGGACGGGAAGAAAGGUGGACAAGGAUCUCCUGGGGGGCCUGGUCCAAAGGGGGAAUCUGGAAACCCCGGCAGUGAAGGACCACCUGGCUUCAUGGGACCAAAGGGAGAAAAAGGAUGUGGUGGAUUGCCAGGUACAGAUGGACCAAAAGGAGUGCAAGGUAUCCAUGGGCUUCCUGGUGAGGCGGGGCCAAGCGGACUACAGGGGCUAAGAGGACCUUUCGGCGUAAAAGGUUUACCUGGACCAAAAGGAUCUUCAGGCACGCCAGGACUCGUAGGGCCCUCCGGAGCUGAUGGACCUGUCGGCCCCAAGGGUUGUGCAGGUGAUAAGGGAGGUACGGGUUCUUCUGGUGCUCCAGGUCUAAAGGGUGACGAGGGUGGAUUAGGAUUUCCAGGACGUCAAGGUCCUGUGGGCCUUCCUGGAUUUAAAGGACACAAGGGAGGGCGAGGAGAAGCUGGUUGCAAAGGCAAUCAGGGUCAGCAUGGCAACAAUGGGUUACCUGGAGCAACUGGUUCUUCAGGCGAUGUUGGACCCAGAGGUAACCAAGGAGAGAAAGGUAUGUCAGGUGACGGUGGAGUACCAGGUACAGACGGACAGAAGGGGGACAUGGGGCGCACUGGCGCAACUGGCCCGUGUGGGAAUCCGGGUCAUGAUGGAUCAAAGGGGCAACCUGGCACUAUAGGCAAUAAAGGAGAACCUGGUAUACCGCCAUCCGAUGAGCGUUUGAUUAAACUCUGUGAGGACGUUUUGAGAAAUCAGCUGACCCAGCUACUGAAGGUAAUGGUGCCACAGUUUUGUUGCGAUCCCUCUGAAAUUGUUAAAGGACCCCCGGGACAACCAGGGCCUAAAGGUUCCUGUGGGCCUCCUGGUCAUUCCGGCAGGACUGGCUCUCAGGGCUACCCAGGAGCCUCGGGUAUCCAAGGGCCCCCAGGACUCAAAGGAGACAGAGGUCUGCGUGGAAUUAAUGGCAGUAAAGGAGAGAGCAGGCCAGGACACACAGGACCUCCAGGGGACACAGGGAUCCAAGGUCCUCGCGGUAGUGAUGGUAGUGGUAUACCAGGUCCACCGGGUAAAUCCGGAAAUCCAGGUUUUCCAGGGACGCAAGGUCCUCCUGGGUCACCUGGUGUGUGCGACAUGUCCAUCUGCCCCUAAUCCUACAAUCUACAGAAAAGGGCCUGAUUUCCAACACAUACUCUCAGGAAACACAUGGGCUCAGCUUGCAGGUCACCAGAAGUGUCACAGUUAAUCCACAUGAAUUGAUUGACAUGCUUUGGGACUUUUUUCUGCACACUGACAUGAUGCAGUGUUAUAUCAGCAGUCUUCAGAUAAAAUUAUAUUACCAUCUCAAGAAGAUAAACUUUUAAUAGAGUUUGCGUUAACAAUUAGAAUAGAUGUAAAAUAUGUCUGGUAUGGUAAUAUGUGAAUGGAUGGUAAUAUGCCAUAAAUGUGUCGGGAACAUGCAUAUGUAUUAGUAUGACUUAUUAAUACCAAAUAAUUGCAUAAUUGAUGUGAACAAUUAUCAGAGACAGCGCAAAUUUAUCAUAGCUUAAUUUUGAAACUUUCAUUGUAUUAGCCUACUUUUGCAGUUUCCCGUAUGUAUGCAAUAACAAAAAAUUACCAAACCUUUACAUUCGCAAAAAAAUAGGUGGUGCAUAUUUUGGCAGUUAAUUGAAGUAACGAAUUUCAUUUAUUACUUCAAUCAAUGACAGGCAUUUAAAAUAACAUGGAAAAAAUCUAUACAUUUAUUUUCUGCGUGUACACUUUUAGAAAGGAUGUGUUAAUUUUUUUCACAUCUUUUUGUGUUAAGCUUUUAAAAUCUCGCCAAAGGACUGCAGUUGAAAUUUAGCCCGCUGGAUAACACUGGCACAUUUACAGUAAUGUUAUUAUUUAUAAAUUAAUUAUAAUUAAAUUAAUGUUAAUUAUAGAUAAAACAAACAAACAAUCAAAAAUAAACAAACACAUUAUGUGUAAGGGAUAAUGUAGAGGCAGCCGGUAGUUAUCGGGAUAUAAGCCCCGACAGUGUGAUCAGGAUCCCGCUUAUUACACGGCUACUUGCCACAUAAGAAAAAAACUGGACAUGAAUAUGAAUUUGAAACAUUUUAUUGGCAUAUUUGUUUAAAAUUAAAAUUUUUAUCCUUCCGCGAAACUUUGCACAGAUGCAUAAAAUGAUCGUAAUACCUUAUUAAGAUCCUCUGCUUCAUACUUGUCUGUCUCCAUUUUUUCUCUUUUAGCCAGUCUUUGAGAAGUUUUAAUGCCCAUUCUGUAUUUUUUUGAGUGUUGGCCUCGUAGCUGUCAUUCUUUAUUUUGUCAAGUUCAGUCUCAGUAAGUUCUCUGUGUCUUGUCGUUGUUCGUUCUUCUAUCCACUGUUUAAAUGUUUUGUUUUUUUCCAUACAUGU